ACUUGUGAAAAUCUUCUGUCAGGUCCAUCACCACAAGCAGCCGCUUCACUUUUCUUUUCUCUCUCUCGGGCUUUACUCCUUCGCCUCAGCAGCUCUCCCAAAACCCUCCCUUAAAUCCCCUCCACCUCCGCCUUGCACGGCGGCAGAACCUACUUCACCAAACCCCUCCACCACCGCCGCCUCACAAACCACUGUCAAAUAUGGCAGCGGCCACCGUCGCCUCCUCCUCUUCUGACGCCACCGAUGGCCCAGUCCUCAGCUUGAUCAACAAACGCCUCCGCGCUCUCCGCAAGAAGCACAACCGCAUUCUCCAAAUGGAAGAAUCCCUUUCCCUGGGCAAAGCCCUCAAUAAAGAGCAAGAAGAAACCCUCCGUUCUAAACCCUACGUCAUCGCCGCCAUCGAUGAGCUCGAAAAGCUUAAACAACCCCUGGCCGUUGCCGUUUCCGAAGAAAUCAACGCUGCCAUCCAGAGCCACAGCGAAAAUAGCCCGACAACCACCGAUAGUACUACUGUAGUGGAAAAACCCAGUAAUGACAAUGGUAGUAAUGAGAAUAAUAAUCCUAAUAUUGGAGGAGACCUCAAGGAUAAGGCGGAAAGUGGGGAACAUGGGGUGGCUGAGGAUCUGUUAAACUUAUUGUAUUUUGGGAGUAUGUUUGAUGUGAAAAAUCAGAAUGAUUUUACCGCGACAAUGCUAACUAGGACUCAUGAGAGGGGGUGUUGUUUAACUUAUGAUUAUGUCACGGAUGAUGAUGCUGCGGAUCUGUUGUUGGGGGAGAGAGACUUGGACUUGAUUUCAAUGCUUGGAGGGUUACUGAUUUCGCGACCAGUGAAUUCGAGUUUGUCCCAUAAGAAUGCCUUGCAGAAGUGCAUUGAGCAUGCCAAGCUUUGGUUAGCCAAGUCUGAUCAGCUCGUUGAACCGGCUUCUAACGUCACUUAUUCUGGAUUGAGGGAGAAACUAAACAAGAUCAUGGCAUCAGACUAUUUCACUACAACACCAGAGAUGAAGGCUCCUGUUGAGGUGGCAGCUGCUGCUGGCAGCUAUGGUUCCUUUCAAGUGCCAGCGCAUGGAUCUGUCAUGCCAGUCCAAGUCGAAGGUUCUGUGGUGCAGUAUCAACAGAAGGAAGAAGAGACAGCAAAUGCUGAAGAAGAUGAAUCAUAUGAUAAUCAGUUGAGCCCUGCAGAAGAAUUUCAUCAGGGGGAGACUGAAAACUAUUCUGAACUUCCCGUACAAAAUGAGCCCACCACACAUCAAGCACAAAAUUUGCAGGAGUAUGAGCCCAAGGAGCAAAAUUAUGCUCCUCGAAGAUCGUAUCCAAAUUACAGAGGUGGUCGUACUGUGGGUGCAAGCGGCCGUAGGGGAUAUGCUAAUGGCCGUGGAGGGCGCGGCAGGGGAGGGGCCUAUCAGAAUGGCCGCAACCAGCACUAUGACCAGCCUGGUACUUACUAUCCCAGGAACAACUAUUACAGAGGAAGAGGGGGUAGGGGUUUCAAUGGGAACUACAACUAUCAUGCCAGUCAAGCUGGCUAUGUUGUAGCAGAUUCAUGAGGCUGAUGCUUCAAGGGUCUGGUAGUCUCCUU